UCUAAAUAAUAUUAAGUACACACUUACACGCACGCACACACACACACACACACACACACACUCACACUCGAACGCGUAAUAAUAUAAUAUCAACGCGUACACGUACAUGUAUACGUACGACGCACACGCACGCAUUCGCCUGUCACACCUCGAAAUAUAAGUCUACUGUUAUUUUUUUUUCCCAUCUUUCUUUUAACAAAACGCACACGAUUAAUGUUGUAAUAUUGUUAUAUUGUACCUACGCUCUCGAGAACUCGCGCGGCACACACACUCGACGACCGCGACGACGACGUUUACGCGAAUCCGUUUUAUUGUGUUUACGCGACAGUUGCAGUAGGUACGUAUACCUGCUUUACUUGAUACCGAGUUACGCGACGGUAUACAAUAUUAUUUUAGUAAUAGACGUUUUAACUAAAUCAUAAUAUUAUGUCUGUAUAAUAUACGCGAGUGUAAAUAUCAGCGUAGAUGUACCUCAUUAUACGCCCUGUAGUGCCAGUGCAUAUCAAUUCGUUUUCGAAUUCGCUCAUUAAGACGUAAUUUAUUGUCUGUGUAAUUUAUCGCGAAACUACGAUAAUGUCGUUCGCGACCCGCUGAGUUCAUCUAUACGUAUAUUAUAAUCAAAGCAUAUAUCUGUGAUCACCGCUGUGUAUAAUAUAUAAAAUCGUCGUGUACAAUAGGUGCAUACAAUUGUACAGAAGACUGUAAGUGACGAAAAUGCGGUGGAUGACCUGUCCGUGAACGACCGUAGCCGACGAAAAAUGAACGAAUCGGUGGCCGUGUGCAGCAGACAACAGGGUCCGUCGUAUCACCAUCACGGUCAUCACGUCGUAGUCAUGCCGGCGCAGUGUAACGGUGACGAAUGCCCGGCCGAACCCCAACCCGCUACCGUGGCCGGUUCGUGGACGGCUUACGGCCAUCAGCCCGCGGCGAUCGCCGCCGGUUACCAUCAGCACCACCAUCACCAUCAUCUGCAACAUCAGCAGCAUCAGCAACAGCAACAGCAGCAGCAGCAACAACAACAACAACAACAACAACAUCAACAGCAGCAACAGGACCAUCACCUUCAUCAUCCGCAUCAAGCAAUGCCCGCGGUACCGCCGCCGCAGUCGUUGAUGCACCACCACCAUCACCAUCAACCGGCGGACAGUGGCGGUUACGCCGCGUGGCCGUCGGCGGUCGUAUACAACAAGAGGCGGCUGUCGUACGCGGACGACGUACAGGUGUAUCAUCACCAUCACGCGCCGCCGCCGCCACCGCCGCCGCACCAUCAGCCGGCCGGCGCCGCGGCCACCUUGCAAGCCGUCGCGGCCUACAACCCGGCAGCCGUGACGACCUCGACGGCCACGUGCUCGUCGCCCGGCACGUCGUUGGACGAACCGUCUUCUGCGGCCGCCGCAGCGGCCGCGGCUGCUUACCAGACGGCCAACGACUACAAGUACUGGCCGCCCGUGCAACAACAGCCGUCGCCCACCGGCACAGGGCGCGUGAGUCCGUACGGUUGGAUGAAGAGAGUCGAGUACCAAGACCGUCCACAACCGGGUAGAACACGCACUAAAGAUAAGUACAGGGUCGUAUACACCGACUUACAACGUCUGGAACUCGAGAAGGAAUUCCACUUCAACCGAUAUAUCACCAUUACAAGAAAAACCGAGCUGUCCAAAAUGCUGAGCCUGUCUGAAAGACAAGUAAAAAUAUGGUUUCAAAAUAGGCGGGCCAAACAGCGGAAAAUCGAUAAAAAACGAGAAGAGACGAUUAUCAGCGAAAACUCAAAACAACUGAUCCAAACACCCGUCGAUUCGAAUUAUUCGAUCGAGAGCUGUUCGCCCCUGUGAAAUUAUCGAUUUAUUCAUACUGUGUAAAUGGUGGUACGAGAUAUUCAACCGAUAUCAUAAUAAUAUUAUUAUAUGUAUUUAUGGAAAAAUCCAACAAACUUUGGACACAAAGAAAUUGUACGUUAUACAUUUAUUUAAUAUUAUAAUACAUAGAUUGUAAGUUUUAAUCGCGUCUAAAAGAAUCGAUGUAACAUUUUUCAUUAUUUUAUUUUUUAAAUACAAUUUAAUUUUUAAUUUUUAAAUUAUUAUAGCAUAUUAUUAUUACUAUAAUAAAAGUUAUAUUUUUAUUUUAGCUAAUUUUUGAUUACGUGCGCUUGUCAUACCGUUACACUUUUGACUGUAUGUAUAGAAUACAUUGUUUAAUUUUAAUUUUAUUUUAACUACGGUAUUAUAAUUAUUGGUGUACAAUGUGUAUUUGUUUUAAUAUAAUACAACUGUUACUCGAAUUUUAAUUUUUACGAAUGAAUAGUGAGCUUAUCGAACUUGUUGAUAUUUUUAAUUGUCGCCGUGGUGUACUUACCUUUAUAGGUUUUAUUGUAAAAAGUAAUAUCGUAUUAUAAUAAUUAUGGGUAUUAAUCUACCUAUUAUACCUAUCUCGGUUGUAAUGUAUGUAGGUAUUGGUACUAUGUGCAGUUGUUUACCUACGUUAUUAGGAUAAUAAUGAUAAUAAUAAUAGUAAUAAUAAUAAUAAUUAUUAUUUUAAUAUAAUUAUGAUUAUUGUUAUUAUGACGACGAAUAUGUUUGUACUUAUUGACGAACGUUUACUGGGUGGCAUGUAAACGAUAUACAUCACUUGGAAUUUUAUUUCUAGAUUGUAAAUAAUAUUGUACUUAAGCAGACUUAAUCCGAACGAAUAUAAGUAGUUGAACUUAAAAUAAGAUUAUAAUAUUAAAAUGUUUUAAAAAAAUAGAGUUGAACAAUAAAUUAUGUGAAUGUUUUAUUGUUUGAUAUUGAAAUAUAUGUUCGGAUC